AUGUUCAGCGAGAUGCACAUUUUAAACAAAGGAGCUGCACAAUCAACAGAUCAGCCCAAGAAUCGAGCGGCAGACGAUUUCGAUGCCUUCAUUCGUGAUUGUGUGAGGCAAACUACCGGCAAGGAGCCUACUUUACGGGCAGCAAGUACUAAUACGGUGGCGUUCGACCCUUGUUCAGAUGAAGAUCAGAUGAAGAUAGGUGUGCAGGGGCUGCGCUUAGGCGAGAGGUGGGGGUCGAUGUGUCUGGACUAUGUGCUAACAAGUGCACGGUUGGCAGCAGUGACUUCUACGCCGUCCCGCGCGCAGAACCACAGCGAGUAUGCACGGCGAUUUGACCAGGAUUCCGGUUGGAGAUUUCACGUCGCCAAUUUCCGCGCUGCUUCAAGUAGGUCGACAGCGACACAUGCUGGACGAUUUGACGAACCAUAG